AUGCUGAAGCCCGUCACAGCCAUUCUCCUGGCGCUUGCUGGUCUCACGGUCUGCGCGCUUUGGAUCCAAAGUCGUAGCGCACCCGCCACCACGCUCGUAAGAACACGACAGGAGUCUCAAACUCUUCCAGACGCCCAUACCAAUGCUGACACCCAACAACACCUGCUGGCCACGCCGCAACAACUACCGACCACCAAUGAACCCUUUGUCGAGGCGUUUGAAGAACCACCGACUGAAGCUCCUGUAGAACUCCUGACGGAAGCUCCAGAAAAACCCUUGGCGGAAGUUCCAGUAGACCCCCCGACCGAAGACCCUGUAGAAACUGAGACCGAAGCCCCACAAGAAACUCAACCCGAGACGUUUGAGGAGGAAGCUCAAGAAGACGCACCCGAACCGCCAGUGACCAGCGUCCUGCAUCCGAUCACCCCUGAGCAAGAACCACUUAAUCCCAAUGUGGCCUUCCGCAUCCAGUCGACCGAAGCGCACUUCACUGAAUACGAAGAGUCUUUCCCGCAGUACGGCAAGAUCGAGCCUGGACGGCACUACCGCAUCGAGAACAAACCAGUACUCACCCGACGAGGCAACCGCGAGACUGACUCCGUGCUCAUCGUCUGCGUCUUCAACGACAAAAACUCAUGGGGAGGCAACCGCACCGUCACGGAUUUUUUCGACCUCGUCGGGUCCUUCAACUACCCGAAGGAGAAAAUCUCCAUCUCGAUGCUCACGUCGUCGUUGGACGAGUUCGCAAAGGUCCGGACGCUGUUGAAGAAGUACAUCCAGUACCCGCGACUGUCGCUGAUGUUCCGCGAUGACUUCGCCCAGAAUGGGCUCACGCGCGGCAACCGCCACGAAGGUCCUCGUCAGGGCGACCGACGGCGUAUGAUCGCACGAUACCGCAACUACGUUCUCAUGUCCAGUCUGGAGACGUGGCACCAGCACGUGCUGUGGCUGGAUGCAGAUAUCGAAAUCAUUCCGUCACAUUUGCUCCCCAAGAUGGUUCAUUCCGGGCUUGAUAUCUUGACGCCCACGUGCUUCAACAGGCACAAAGGUGUUUGGAUCAGCUACGACCAGAACGGGUGGGUAGGACAACGCAAGGAGCGUCCGGUUGAUCUGGCCGACGAUGAGAUUUUUAUGCCGGGCCCACUAAGGGUCAAACUCCUCAACACAGUCGACGAUAAAUCGAAGCCUUUCACGCCCAUGGACUCAGUUGGCGGGAGCAAGCGAGGGCACGAGGGCUACGACGGCAUCGAAACGGAAGAAUUGUGCUAUACGGCGCAUUUCUUGGGCUUCAAGUGUUGGGGAAUGGUCUAUGAGUCCAUUCAACAGACAUAA